GAAUUUAGUGCUCAGAAGAAUUCAAAUGUACGAGUACCUACUUAUUGAUUCAAAUCAUAAAAUAUCGCUGGUAGAUAUGUAAUGAUUAAUUUCAGGCGAAUAACUUACAGAUAAAGCGAAAUGUUGAGUAUGUUUUCAUCGACUACCUAAUAAAAUAUUGAAAACGAGCAGACAUAAUGUUAGGCAGUGAAUCGACUUACAAGGCAUUUAUAGUCAUUUGCGUAAUAUUCAUUUCGUGUCUUACUCAAGAUAUUGUGAAAGCGAAUAGCGAUGAGCUUAUAGAUCCCCCCUACCCCGUUUUACACAAGAUCAUAGACGAAUCACUUCCACAUACAUCCAUUAGUGAUGAAAAUUCAACAACUAAACAGAUGACUAGAAUCACCCAAACCAGGAUUACAGUAACAAGAAAGACGACAUUUGCCAAAGUAACGAUACCAUAUCGAUGCCACCGAACGCUUCAAACCGGUUCGGUAGGACCUGCUGAAAUAGUCCCAUCUCAUAUUCCACGUCCAGCUUAUGUUCUCAACAAUGGCACAGAACUGGCUCCCAAAUUCCCAUUGAUAAAAAACGAUUCCUUAGUUGAAGCCAUAAAUCAAAGUUGUUCCAUAAGUAAAUCAGUUCUAGAAAAAUUGGAAAGCUACGUUCGCGAAGGUAUAACCACAGAGCAGAUAGACACUUAUGCCCACGAAUUGAUCACACGAAGAGGCGCGUAUCCGUCAUAUUUGCAAUUCCACCGGUAUCCAAAAUCAAUAACAACUUCGAUAAAUAAUAUCGUCGCUUUUGGCAAGCCAGAUAAUACAAAACUACGAAGUGGAGAUAUAAUAACGGUGGAUAUACCUGUUUAUUACAAUGGCUAUCAUGGAGCUUGUGUAGAGACCUUUCUAGUAGAAAAGGUGGACUUUGCAGGUCAAAAACUUGUUAACGCAGCUCGUGAAAUAACUUAUGCCGCAAUCAAUUGUAGUCGACCAGGUGAAUCAUUCCUAACACUGGGUCGUGUGAUUGAACGAGAAACAAAACUCAGAGGAUACCAAGUGAUACCUUCGGUUCAAGGUUAUGGAAUUGGUGAAUUUCUUCGCGAAUAUCCGCGCAUUAUACACUUUGGUAUACCCAACAGGGAGAACAUUAAAGUCAAAAAUGAAGCAAUAAAUGGAAUAAUGCAACCUGGUAUGGUAUUUACAGUUCGGCCUGCCAUUACUGAUGGUAAACCUGAUUGUGUUUCUUUACCUGAAGAAUCCUACGAGUAUCAAGACAAAUGGACUGUGGUUACCAUGGAUGGUUCCAGAUCUGCUCAAUUUGGGCGUACAGUUUUAAUAACAAAUGAUGGAUAUAAGAUUUUAAGUUAGGUUUUAGAUAAAUGAAAGUAGAACUUUAUUGAUAAAAAAUUGCAAUAAAAUUAAACAAGAUUUA